CAUCUCCUCCCUCUUCGUCUUUCUCAUCUUCCUCUUGUUCUUUCAACCAUCACCAUCAUCUUGCUCUCCCAGCCUGUUCACCCACAAGGUCGUGGCCAGCAUCUCAUCUGAGAAACAUAAUAAGUCACGAGCAAGCUUGCCUGCUCUUGAUUCUUGAUCUUCCAGUUUUUCAUAUCCGUCAACGCAUCAGAUCCAUCCAUCCAGGCCUUCAGACAUGGCCCUUCAAUAUGUCCACGAUUUCCUCGACCGCAUCAUUACUGGUGGUCCAGGCAACAAUCCGGAAUUCGAUGCACAGAGAGCCCUCUGGCUACAGAACAUCACUCGAGAGCAGCUACUGCAAGAUCUCACCAGAGUGUUGACCAAGGAUGGUCCUGAUUCGACACGUUGGGCCUGCUUGAGACCAAACGAGAUCAGAACGAUCCAGACGAUAUUCGAAGCACGGAAGGGGUCAAAUGACUAUUGGACCAAGGACACGCUUAGCUCGUAUCUAGAGUCCCAGGUUUCAGCAUCAAGCAAAGCGCAUCUUCAAGCCUGCUCGGGGAUUCUCUCUCGUUGCGUUUUCCAUUUCGCAGCUUACCCCUUUUCCACCGCGGAGGUCAGCCUUAAAAGAUUAUCCUGUGAUGACCUUACCCGCGCCGUGGCUUUCUUGUCCGGUCGUGAUCGGGAGAUUUUUGUCACGGCUGGAAUUAUAUCCAACCAAGAAAUAGGAAGAGAAAGAACUGAAGAAAUGAGCUAUGAAGCUAUAUUUCGGUCUCUGGCACCUUCAAAACCCCAGGCCGGUGAAGAAGUUGAGAAAGACUUACAAAGAUCCAACGAUGACGUUGUUGAUGUGUUGGUGGAGGCCCAGCCGAUACUCAAUGGCAAGACGGCACACCUUCCGCGGGAAAGUCUUUUUGAAGUUGCCAACAGAUUGUCUUCUGGGAGACUGCCUCUGCAGAGCAUUUCUAUACCUGGAGAAGAAUUGGUCCCUUUGUUAGGAUUUUUCGUCCAGAUGCUAGAUGGCAUCACUACUGAUACAAGUGGGAAAGCCUCAGCGCUAGCCCGUAAACUGGAAGGGAUAUCAACUACGAUAUCCGAAAGCUCUGGUGCGUCGGUGACCUUCCAGGAACUUGAGAAUGCCGGUCCGCACUCGUUUUCACAUCUCCAAGAUGCCUUUGCUGUUCUCUUUAGUACAUUCGUUCAGCCCAACGGUGUUGGGCACGCAAGCCGCUCCGAGAAAAGCAAGGCGGCGUUUGAUCUAGGUUCUCUACGGCCACAUAGUGCACAGUGGAAUUGAAGGCAAAGUUGUUGUGGGUGAAAUAAGACGCUUACUGACUUGGAGUUUAUUCUAAGGCCUUAGUUAUAUACCCAUUAUCUCCUGUCAUUGUCCAUGAGUGCUGGCCGGAUCGUAAACAAUCUUUGACUUCGAAUUUGUUUUCGAACAAAGCCAAUUACUUCUCCCCAGAAAAUGACCAACUUUUUUAUCACUCCGAAUAGCUUUAAUCUACAGACUUAGACACAACGAUCAAGGAUUCUCUAAUCAAGAGCCUUAGGGAUAUGUACGCUG